UCUCGAUCAUUUUUUUAUUUAAAACAUUGUAUAAUAAUGGAGAAAAUUAAAUCAAAUGAACAAUUUUCAGGAAUUUAUCGAUCUAGUGAUGAUAUAGAAAAUUUUUGUUUAAGAAUCACUUUGAAAAAAAUAUAUUCAAUAAUAAGAGUACCAAAGUUUGAAUCAACUCAAACAAGUUUUGAAGAUCAGCAAUCAACAACAGACUUUGAAGAAGUAUUGUCAGUGAAUUGGCAACAGAAAGUUUUCAGCAAAACUGAAAAAGCUUUUUAUUCUCAAAAAGAAAAUUGUACAACUGAUCUUGCGAAGCGUUAUCAUCAAAUCAUCAAAGAUUCGAGAGGAAAUGACAGUAAUAAUUUACUUUUUACUUACAUUGAUCAAGAUAACUACGAGCCAGCAGAUAAAUUUGGUUCUCAAAAUAUAACAAGACCAAAAAUUAAACGAAAUCCUAGCCGAAGCUUCUUACAAGCUAACGAAAAAAAUCGAAGCUUAUUUCUUGAUCAUAAUCAAGCAAAUGAUUCAAAAGAAUUUGAAACUGAGAAAGAUUUUGUCAAAAUGUUUGUUAUGGCGGAUCUUGAUCCAAGUACACUUCUCGUUUCGAUAAAAUAUCGAAAAUCUGACGGACUUCUUAUCAUAUUUCCUGAUUUCAAUGAUUUAAGCAAUGGAUACUAUUUGGAAAUCGACCAGAAUAGCAAGCAAAUGUUUGUAUAUUUUAUUGAGAACUUAUCGUUAUCUUCAAACAAUGUCACAAAUCAACGUGUCUUAAAAGUUGAAAUGAACAAACUUCAUAAAGAAACCAAUGAGCUGAUUCAAAAACUCAGCGUAUCAAGGAAUGAAAACUUUGAGCUGCCCAAAUUUGGAAGGGUUGUCAUAAUGUUGGAAAUCAUAAAAGGUCUUAACUUUGAAUUUGACAACAUUCAUGUUCGAUUUAAAUUUGAGAUUCCAAAAUGGUUGAAAGUAAUCGAAGGAAGUUUAAGUGCUUCAACGCAUUCAAGUUUUCGCAAAGGAGAAUGUUGGAAUUUUGGUUAUUGUCAUUCUCUUGUAUUGGAUUUUGAUGAUGAAUUUGUAUUAUCUAAAUCUGAAGUUGAAAUUCUUAAUUUGACUUUUGAAUUGAUAUCGAUUGAUCCACUAUUGGGAAGAGAACGGCGAGAAGGGAUCACAUCCAUAAAGAUUCCUUUAACAACACCAUUGAAUGAAAAUUAUUACACACUAACUUGCUUUCGGGAUAUUCAAGGAAACAGUAAACUUACUGAUUUCUUUGAAAGAUUUUUUCUUGGAGGAAUCCAUAAAAUUUUAGAUAAAACUCUAAUGUCGAGUCCAAUUGACAAAGUUGUUAAUUAUUACGGCAAUCAAACAAUUUCUACUGGUGAACUUUGUAUUAAAAUCCAAAAAAUCGAACAAUUGCGAUCAUCAAAAAGAAGUAAAUCACACUUUGAAACAAUUGAUAAGAUUAUAAAUUCUUAUCACGAAGCAAAAGCUCAACUAGAAAAAUGA